AUGAAAUAUUUAUUAUUUCUACUAUGUGCAUCGUUAAUUAAAGCCAAUGUCCUAGAACGAAUCGUAACAACAACAAUAGCAACAACAACAACGGUACCCAAUUUCAAUACAAGCUCUUCUUUCGAACAAAUUCUUGAUCCAAAUUCUUCAUUAAUCAUAAUACCACAAAGUAAUUCAUCAUCAAUAUUACCUGAAAAUGAAGCUGAUAAUGCCAUUCAACAAGAAGUAUUCUUUGAUAAUAAUUAUUCCGAACAACUAGGUGAGGAAUCUGAUAAUACAACAGAAGAAUUUCAUUUUGGACCACAAUAUGAUGCAAAUUGGACAUUUAUUGAUAAAGAAACUGUUCGUGUAAUAUUUUCUCUAUUUUCAAUAUCAAAAUUAUCAAAUGAAAAAAAAAAUUCUGAUCAACAUGAUAAUAAUAAAAUAAAUCUGUUUCCAACUAUGCUUUCUAUAGGAUCACGUUCAAUUCCAUCAAUUUAUUCAUUAAAAUAUUUUCUCUUUACUAUACGACAAUAUAAAACAAAUACAGAAAAAGUACUUCAGAUAGAACAUUUAAUUUUAAAAACUACACCAUCAAGAACUGAUCAAUAUUUUUCAAAUUCAUUAUUAUUACUUCGAUUAAAUCCAAAAGAAAAAUAUUCUAUAUGUAUUUAUUAUUAUCAAAUGAAUAUAUCAACACAAAUGCCAGAUAUAUUUAUAUGUCAAGAUAUAAUGCAUGAUCAUUUAAAACAUUCAGUAUAUGGUCUUCUAUUUGUUUUAACACAAUAUUCAAUUAUUAUUGGAUUACUCAUUGUUUUACAAGGUUUUUUUACUGCACGAAAACGUCGUUUAGCUCAUAUUGUUCAUCAACAUUUAAUUAAUAAAGCACAAAGAUUUCGUUCAACACUUUCAUCAGUUAGUCUUGUACGACAAUCAGUUAAUUUAAUGGAUACAACAACUGAACAAAAAAAUACUAAAAUGAAUGGUCAUAUCAAUCAAGAAAAGAAUAAACUUAAAAAACGUAUUAUAUCAUCGCCAGCUAUUGUUCUUAGUGAACCAUCAAUACCAUCAAUGCCAUCAAUUAAGACUAAUAAUAUUGUGGAUGAAAAUGAACCAUUUCUUAAAUUAAUACCGGGAAAGAAUCAUGUACAUUUUUUACUUGGUUUAGAUGAAGAAUCUGAGACUGAUGAUGAUGGUAAUGCAAAUGAAAAUAUUCCAAAUGAUACAACACUCAAUCCACCAAUAGCAUCAAUACAUACGGAACCCUAUGGUGAUCGAUCAGAUGCUUUGUCAUCAAUGGCUCAUAUACUUGACACAAAUAAACCGUGGUCUAAACAAUCAUGA